UUCUUCUCAGACUGAUCAGUUACAGUUGAUAUUUCUUCUGGAUGCAUGUACGAUAAACGCACAUGUUGGUAAAUCAAAUUUAUGUAACAAACACUGAACAGUAACGAGACAUGGAAGCUGUGGUCGCACUGUUGGUGAUGCUACUUGGAGUCUCUCACGGUUUGGAAACGUACUGUGAUGGCAGGAAGGAUGGAGCUCAGUGUUAUGGAGCUUUGGAAGGAACUGUGAACCUCCAGCUGAUGGACAGUGCCUCAGAAAUACCCAGAUAUGAAUGGUCACACGACUCAACAAUAAUCCUCAAUGGGAGAAAGAAUAACAUUAUAUCUAAUAGAAUAUCAAGCAGAUCUGUUUUUACUCCCAGUAAUGGAACAUUCAGGAUCAAUAAUCUGAGCAGGACUGACAGUGGAAAAUAUAAACUUAAUAUUCUUGAUUCCACUCUACAGAAGUCAGGAGAAAGGACUCUACAUUUGUCUAUUCAAGCUCCUGUGUCCUCUGUGCUGCUGGUCUCUGAGUGUCUACAGGGAGACAUGAGGGUGUCCUGCUCCUCUGUGGGAGGAGACGAUCCUCAGUACAGCUGGACUCUGGAUGGACGUGAACUGACAGACGAUGAUCUUCUCUCUGGAAAUACUGAGUCUGAAAACAUCACUCUGAAAGCAGAUGUCUCAGGAUAUCUGGUCUGUUCUGUCAGGAAUCGCUUCAGUGAUGUCUGUGGCUUCACAAUCAAUAACUGCACCUCAUUCAAUGGGACACAAAAGUGGGUCUUUGAAUCCAAUGACACUGUGUGUACAAAUCCAACAACAAUCUCAAUCACAUCCACAGUGGGUAAGGAGACUGACAUAGCGUCUGUUACACCCUCAACUAAUAUCACACCCUCCAAUCAAACUGAGACUUCUGGCAGAGAUGAUCCAUGGUACAGUCGGUCUCUGCUCAUCUGUGGCUUACAGGCAUUAGGGUUCAUUCUAGCAUUAACUGCCAUUUCCAUCUAUUUCACCUGCAAGAGAAAGAAUUAUGAGAAAGCGGAAUCCUCUGCUGUCCCACAAGCCACAGAAUAUCCACAGGACUCUGUUGUGAUGGUUGUAAUGUGAAGCAGUGCAUCUUAAACUCAUGCUACCUUUCACCUGCUGACAUUUGUCAUGUGCUUUUAUUAGUGACAAAAUAGGGGUUAGAAGGAAUUUCUCUCCUGUUUUUAUUCUUUUCUUAACUUCACAGCUCACUAUCAAUUUCCAAAGAAAGCUCUGAGUGUUUUCUGGAUUUGUCCCACUGUGAAGCUCUGAUAGAACGAAGGUUCUGCCUUCAGUGAUCACAGCUGGAACAGUCUGACUCUUUUUAUUUGUCACUUUACCAGAUCUGGUCAAGAGAACUUCAUUUUGCUGAACAACAACCUUGUUUUAACUGUGGAAUUUGCGAGGAAAUAGGGGGUAACUGCCACGUCAUACUGUAUAUUACAUUAUAUUUGUGAUUAGCUACAAAAAUAUGUUCAUCCAGCUUCAUCUUUUUACUCAAGUGUCAUCAUGUGAACAUGACAUAACGUGUUUGUCUGAAAGGGUGUUGAUCUCUAAAUCUGAUAAAAAGACACAUGAAAUAUUAAAUGUCACUGUAUGACAUGAAGACAUUCUUCGUAUAUCACAAAACUGGAACUUCUUAAAACGCAAGGAAGUUUAUUAUCACCAAGGUGGAAACUGUUGAUUUUCCUUGAAGAUAAAGAAAAACUGGUGUUUUUUUCUUGUAUCAUACUGAACUUUGUAUAUAUACAUUCUUAAAAUGGUAAUAUGGCAACAUGUGUCGUCAAAAUUGUGGUUUACUUUAGUUGCUUUCGACUGUUUUGUAUUUACAAUCUGUCAGUCAGUCAUUAAUGUGGCGUGUCAUGAAAAGUCUUCUUACACACUGACAGUUUGAUCGAUGACUGUACCUUCAAUGACUCCUGAGAUCUGAAUAAAACUCCUCUUCAUCAGUGUCAGCAGGUGUGAGGUUUCCCUCUACUGGUUCACAGAGGCGUCACUGCUGCUUAUGGAUAAUGGUGCAUUCGUUGAACCUCCCUGCUGAAUCUUUCAUGCAAAACCAAUGGUCAAUAAAAACAUAUUUGCAGGAGCCAUACACUGCAAAACAAA